GUCUCCAAAUGUUUCCACAGCUUGUGUUUCUCAUUGUGACUUUGACGUACCUGAUGAUCUGUGUGGAUGGACGGCUCCUGCUCCUGAGAACCCAGCUGUGAAUGGCUUCAUUCAGUGGACUGGACCAACGGACACUGACGGCACCGGACCAAAUGACGACUUUUCCAAACCGGGAAUUGGAUCCUAUAUGUUAUUGGAUUCUGUGGAGGCCAUCCCUGGAGUCCAGGCUCAGAUCAGAAGUCCUGUAGUAAGCUCCCCUGGAUGCCUGGAACUCACCUUCUACUACUACUUGUAUGGGAACAGCAUGACCAUGGAGCUCAGUGUGCACAUACUUGCAGGUGGAAGUCUUGGACCUGCCCUGUUCACUGUCAAAGGAAACCAGGGUGCAAGCUGGAAGCCUGCAGAGGUCCGCUACCAGGGAACUGCUGACAUUCAGUUUGUUAUUGUGGGGACCUACGGAGAGACUGCUCUGACAGAUAUUGCAGUUGAUGCUGUGUGUGUCAUGGCCUGCACAGGUGAGAUGUUCCUCCUAAGUUGCAGCAUAGUGGCUUAG